GUGGAAAAGACCGGAAAAUGAGACGUACCUGAUUCUGACCGUGACCGUUAGAGGUCGCUGAGGAGCCGCCAUUUUAUUUUCAGUUUAAACUACCGAAGCGCCAUUAAAUUUCCUCAGAGCAGACGGAAGGUAAAGACUUUACACCAUCUCUGGGGAGAAUACUACAUCCGUUUUUAACCACAUUUAGACGGUGAAACGCUGUUGAGCUACAUGGAGACCAAAGCAGCUGCUGUGCUCAAUGUGGUCCCUCCCUACGGACAUGUUAUCACCAGCGAGAAGUGGAGAAACUCGUCACUUAUUCAAAGUUUAAAAGGUGGAGGUGUGAAAAUCCUCUUUGAGAGUGAGCUUGGUGCGGCAGAUUUCCACCUGCCCAACAAAAGCUGCGUCCUGUACGUGUCUGAGUGCGACAUCAUAGCAGCAAGCAGCUACAAGAGGAAACUGGUUCGCUACAGAAAUAGCAGCAGCAGUUUCCAGGAGCUGGUGCUGGUGGAGAACACCAGACUUAGCGAGCAGUACUUCAGUGCUGUGCAGAAGUUUGUGGUGUUUGACCUCGGCCUGACACUACUGCCAGUCAGCGGGCAGACCGAGGCCUCGCAGCUCAUCACUCAGAUUGUUAAUGGAGGGGGCAGGGAGAACCCCUUCAGGAGGAGGAGUUCAGUUCAGCUGCUGGACCCGCUGGUUCUGGCUCUGGUCCAGCAGGUCCCCGGGGUCGGCAGGGUCAAAGCUCUGGCCCUGCUUCAGCACUUCUCCAGCAUCCAGCAGCUCUGCAACGCCGCCCCCACUGAGCUGGAGCCCAUCGUGGGUCAAGCUGCUGCUCAGCAAAUCCACAACUUCUUCCACAGACCCACUGCUGCUGGAACCUGAAGGCUGGACUCUGGGUCUGUGUUGAAUCUGGAAGGACUGGAUUUAAAGAUAAUGUAGAUACACAUGAACUCACAUGAACACGAUCUUCUUAUUUGUUUACUGCUGACUGUGUUGUCAGCCUGUAUAUUAAGAUAUUUCAGACCAACAUUGCGGUUCAUAGAGCUAACAUUGCCAAAGAGCUGACUUUGGUUUGGUGAUUUGACCGCUGACUUCACUGGCAAGUGUGCUUCUUUUUGUUUGUUUGUUUUGUAGUUUUGCACUCUGCACUUUUUCACCCACACUAAAUAAAUAUCAGUUGCAUUUAAAUUAUAUUUGCAUUCAGUGAGCUUGCCAACUCAAGUCAGUCUGAGAACAGAUGUUUAAUCACAUGAUUUUGUCAUCAUUAGAAAAACCAUCAGUUGUUUUUCAUUCUUAAAUUAUGAAUCAAGGACAAAAUGAACUAAUCAGACACAAUAAAAACUUUUGUCUUCUACA